GGGGAGGGAGGGGGGGGUUAUUUUUAGCCCCUGAAUGGAUGGGAGCUGGAGCCGGGCUCUCUGCCCCCGGCCGGGCCGCGGCAUCAUGUUGUGCUGGGAGGGCUCUCCUGCCGGGCUGCUCGCAUGGCUCCGUCCCCGCCGGGGGCUGGGGGACAGGCAUGGAUAACUUCGAGUACAGCAUCCAGCUGAACGACCGGGAAUGGGCUGAGUUCUUCCAGGCUUCCGAGGAGUGCAGCCUGGCGCCGGCCUCGCUGGCCACGGCCGAGGAGCAGUGCCUCAGUGACAUUGAGCAAGGGGACACCUCGGGACGGGACUGUCCCCGCAGCGGCGGCGCGGUGACAGCGGGCAGCGAGCCAGCAGCGCCUGGCACGGCCAGCCCUGUGCCACGUGGGGUGCCCGGUGACACCGCCGUGCCCUGCCCCGAGCGUGGGCACCUCGCCGGGCCGGAGCCGCUGUCGGGCAGCGAGGACGAAGAGGGCUCUGCGGGCAGGUUCCUGUGCGGCAGCGACGAGCCCGGCCGCCCGGCACCCGCUGCCAUGCCCAGCGCCCAGAGGAGGCAGCCACCGCGGCCACCCGCGGCCACCGCGCCCGGUGGCACGGCCCAGGGUGGCCCCGGGCAGGACGCGGCGGUGGCAGCGGCCGGAGGCACGGAGCAGGGCGGCGAUGCAGGAGGGGGACAAGCCCUGCUGGCACCGCCAGAAGCUCCAGCAGCCUCUGCCUCGGCGGAGAAGAGCGCUGUCCCCUCGGAGCCGCGGGGACCCGCGGGGGACACCCCGAGCCCGGCCAGGGUGGCAGCGGAGGAGGAGAAGGCGGGCGCGGAGCCGGGCUCGCCGGGCGGAUCCCCCGGCGUGGUGAGGCCCAAGGUGCCGGCACAGCCCAGGAAGAGCCGCAAGCAGCGCGGAGCCGGCGGCACCGAGGGCGACAGGGACCCCGCGGCGGCACCGGGCGCCCCCGGGGCCGGCAAGGCAGCGCCCGGCUCCCCGGUGUCCCCUCGGAAGGGCAGGGGCAAGGACAAGGCGGCCAAGGGAGCGCUGGUGAGGCUGGGCAGCGAGGAGGCUGCGGAGAACAAGCGGGGGGUGCCCGGCCCGGGCGUGGACGGCGGCGAUGCCGGGAGCGCUCCCCCAAAAUCCCCGGGGAAGACAAAGGCCACCAAGCCCCCAAAGGCAGGGCAGGCCGGCGGCCUGGGCGUACGUGACAGUGUCCCCGUGGUCCCUGGCGAGGGCACCGCGGCUCCCCCGGGAGAGGAGAGCCAGGAGAUGCCAGGGAAGCCUCUCCAGCCCGGGAGCGUGGCAGCGUUUGGAGGGAAUGCUGCCGAGGGGGCUGGGGGGCAGCCUGCUGCUGCUGCUGAGGUUCCCAGGAAACCCUUGGAGACCCCUGGAAUUUCUACUGCUGAGACCCCUGGAAUUCCUGCUGCUCAGAUCCCUGGAAUUCCUGCUGCUGAGAUUCCCAGGAAACCCUCGGAGACCCCUGGAGUUCCUGCUGCUGAGACCCCUGGAAUUCCUGCUGCUGAGAUUCCCAGGAAACCCUCAGAGAUCCCUGAGGUUCCUGCAGCUGGGAUCCCUUGGGAGCCUGCAGCUGCGAUUCCCAGGAAACCUGUACCUGAAAUCCCUUGGGAGCCUGCAGUGGGGAUCCCCAGGAGUCCUACAGCUGAGAUCCCCAGGAUUCCUGCAGUCGAGAUCCCCAGGAGUCCUACAGCUGAGAUCCCCAGGAGUCCUGCCAUCGAGAUCCCCAGGAUCCCUGCAGCUGAGCUCCCCAGGAUCCCUGCCAUCGAGGUCCCCAGGAGUCCUGCCAUCGAGAUCCCCAGGAUCCCUGCAGCUGAGCUCCCCAGGAUCCCUGCCAUCGAGGUCCCCAGGAGUCCUGCCAUCGAGAUCCCCAGGAUCCCUGCAGCUGAGCUCCCCAGGAUCCCUGCCAUCGAGAUCCCGUGCGAGCCUGCAGCUGGGAUCCCCACGAUUCCUGGCGCUGGGCUCCCUUGGGAAGCUGCAGCUGAGCUGCCCAGGGCCGUGAGCCCGCUGUGCUUUGCUGAAGGAGCCCCUGGCAAGCCCAACUCUCUGGAUGUGACCUGGCCCGAGAUGUACGAGUACCUGUUCUGUGAUUCCCAGGAGGAGGAGGAGCUGGGCAGCUCCCUGGAGGGGCGCAGGUCCCCCUUGCAGAGGGAAAUCUCCUGGCCUGAACUCUACGAGUAUUUUUUCACCGAGCCAGAAGGAAGCAGGAAAAAAGGCAAAGCUAAAGACAGGAAAAGAAAGAAAUUCAGAGGCUUGGACCGCCCUGGGCUGCACAAGGAGGCUCCCAGCUCUGCUCCAGACAAGGACACCGUGGUUAUCUCGGUCCCUGAUGUGUAUGAACACUUCUUCCCAGAGCCAGCCCCCAACAGGAUGGGCUGGAGAGGGAUUUUCUCCAUGGCUCCUGCCUCCGAGGUGAGGAAAGCCGUGGGGGCUUUGAGGUCCCUGCUGCAGAGGCAGUGGCAGCUGGGAGGGGGCCAAGCCUCAUCCUCCCAGGCCCUGGUGCCCAGAAGAUCCGGAGAGGAGCUCGCCCUGGUCCCGCUGGGAGGAGCCCAGGCGUGGCCAGAAGAUGCCCUGGCACUGAGAGGAGCAGCAGAGGAGCCCCGGGUGCUGAGCCACAAGGACAUGUGCCUGGUGUUCUGUGCCUUCGCCUCCUGGGCCGUGAAGACAUCUGACCUGCAGGCUCCGGAUGCCUGGAAGACCAUGUUCCUGGCAAGCUUUGGCACCCUCUCGGCCAUCCGCUACUUCCGAAGGCAGGUCAGGGAAGGGCACCCCCGGACUUAACCCCUGCCGCUCCGGAGCCGCUGCCCGGGGCCGGGACUUUGCUCUGGACAGCGGGAGAAGCCUGGAGGCAGCGCCGGGAGCUUCCCCGGCCCCAUCCCGGCCGGGACAGGGCGGCACAGGGAGCGGGAGCCUCCCGGGGACGGGAACUGACGGUAGGACGGGGCAGGGGCUGUGUCCUGCCUCCUCCCCGCCGGAGGCACCGAGCAAGCGGGGGAUGCUUCAUCCCGGCAAAAGAGCCGGGAUUUCUGCGAGAGAGGAAAAGAGAGCUUUGGGAAGAGCCUGGGCUGGGCAGCAGCUCCGGGGGAUGCAGGGGCCGCUGCCUCGGAUCCUGUGACCGAUUUGGGCACUGCAGGAGGGGUCAUCCUCCCGGAUUUCACUCCGGGAGGGCUCAUCCUUUUGGAUGUCACUCCAGCAGGGCUCAUCCUGUUGGAUCUCAUUCCAGGAGAGCUCAUUCUCUUGGAUUUCACUCCAGCAGGGCUCAUUCUCUUGGAUUUCACUCCAGCAGGGCUCGUCCUGUUGGAUUUCACUCCCAAGAAGUCCCAGCUCGGGAUGAGGUUCCUGCCACACGUGGAUGGUCUGUCCCUGGGGACAGCUGGGCAGGGACGUGUCCCCGUCCCCAGGAGAGGAUGGGCAGGGGUCACACGGGGCAAGGGGGGCCGGGAAGGGUCCCGAGGGGCUGCCCAGCAGGGAAAGGGGCUGAGCUCAAGGAGGGCUCAGGAAAGGAGACAGAAGGAUGUUGGAGAGGAAGGAGAAGGAGGUGGGCGGGUUUGGCCGUGCCGAUCAGCAGGGAAAUGUUGGAUUGCAUAUUUGAUUUAUUCCUUUUGUGCCUCCCGUCCUGGAGGGGCAGAGCUGGCUGGGGGGGUGAGGGGAGGUGGAAGCUGUGGGGCUGGGGAGGUGGAAAAUGAAAUGGUUCGGUUCCCCCUCUCCCCAGAGCCCCCCUCAGCACCCCAGGGCAUUAUUCACAGGAAUCUCCUCCCCUCACCAGCCCGGUGAGAGCAGCAGUGUGGGAUUGAGAUCCACGGGGGCUCUGCCGUGUCUGUGAGGUGCCAGCAGGGAGGGGAGGCUCAUUCCUUGUGCUGAGAGAGCCACGAGGCUUGCAGGGGUGCAGGGGAGGCAGUGGGUUGUUGCUGGGAGGAGGGCACGGGGAGAUCUGGGGCUGGGACUGGGGAUGGACAGGCUCUGCAUGGCCUGGACACCCACAGAGAGCAGAUGGAACGUGCUGGAAGCUUCUAAUAAAGCUCGGUCUCAUUUACUA